GUUAUGUUGACAUUUAUUACCUCUAACCGCGGACCGCGUACAACGCGCGGCUCCUGCUCUCCGCGGUCCCUCGUGACUCCUGCUCUGGAGUGACAUCAGCGCGCGCGCGCGGUUCACAGCCUCGCGCCCUCCUUGCUCAAGUACUCAUACGCAGGAGCGUCGUCCUCCGUGCAGGCAGGGUCUCGCGCUGUGGCGGUUUUUUUUGGGGUGCAGGUGGGGAGCGCGUGUCACAACCUGAACGAUGAGCAGCAAUUUCCCGAACAUGGCGUCACUGGGGUACCUGGAGCCGCUGCGUGCCACCAUCCCCGCCACCAAAGUUGAAAUCACAGUGUCGUGCAGAAACCUACUGGACAGGGACACUUUUUCCAAGUCUGACCCAAUUUGUGUGCUGUACACUCAAGCAAUCGGCAACAAAGAAUGGCGAGAAUUUGGAAGGACAGAAGUCAUUGACAACACUCUGAACCCUGACUUUGUACGAAAAUUCAUCCUGGACUAUUUCUUUGAGGAGAGACAGAACCUGCGCUUUGAUCUAUACGAUGUGGACUCGAAGAGUGCCAACCUGUCGAAACAUGACUUCCUGGGCCAGGCAUUUUGCACCCUGGGGGAGGUGGUGGGUUCCUUGGGGAGCCGCUUGGAAAAGCCCCUUGUGGGCAUUCCAGGGAAGAAGUGUGGGACCAUUAUUGUGAAAGUAGAAGAGCUGGGAAACUGCAGGGAGUCAGUGAUGAUGCAGUUUUGUGGGAACAAACUAGACAAGAAAGACUUCUUUGGGAAAUCGGAUCCUUUUCUCGUCUUCCAUCGAAGCAAUGAGGAUGGCACGUUCACAAUCUGCCACAAGACUGAGGUGGUGAAGAACACAUUGAACCCUGUCUGGCAGGCCUUCAAGAUUCCAGUGAGGGCCCUGUGUAAUGGUGACUAUGACAGAGCCAUCAAGAUUGAGGUAUACGACUGGGAUCGCGAUGGCAGCCAUGACUUCAUCGGAGAGUUCAGCACAAGUUACAGGGAGCUAUCCCGCGGCCAAUCCCAAUUCAACGUGUAUGAGGUGCUCAACCCCAAGAAGAAAGGGAAGAAGAAAAAAUACAUGAACUCUGGAACAGUCACCCUGUUAUCGUUCCUUGUUGACACUGAGGUCACUUUCCUUGACUACAUUAAAGGCGGAACACAGAUAAACUUCACAGUGGCAAUUGAUUUCACAGCAUCAAAUGGUAACCCUUCCCAGCCCACAUCGCUCCACUACAUGAGCCCGUACCAGCUCAAUGCCUAUGGCAUGGCACUGAAGGCUGUGGGCGAGAUCAUCCAGGACUACGACAGCGACAAGAUGUUCCCUGCCCUGGGCUUUGGUGCCAAACUGCCACCUGAUGGCAGGGUCUCACAUGAGUUUGCCCUGAAUGGAAACCCACAGAACCCUUAUUGCCAUGGGAUCGAUGGUGUCAUGGAGGCAUACUACCAGAGCCUGAAGUCUGUCCACCUGUACGGACCCACCAACUUCUCUCCUGUCAUCAACCACGUUGCCAGGUAUGCAUCAUCAGUGAAGGAUGGCUCACAGUACUUUGUCCUCCUCAUUAUCACGGAUGGAGUUAUUUCAGACAUGGCCCAGACCAAGGAGUCCAUUGUUAAUGCCUCCUCUCUACCUAUGUCAAUUAUAAUUGUGGGAGUCGGACCAGCAGAAUUCGAUGCCAUGGUAGAGCUUGAUGGGGACGAGAUCCGGAUCUCAUCUAGGGGACGAUUUGCUGAAAGGGACAUUGUUCAGUUUGUUCCGUUCCGUGACUACAUUGACCGAAGUGGGAACCACAUUCUGAGCAUGGCCCGUCUGGCCAAGGACGUGCUGGCCGAGAUCCCAGACCAAUUCCUGUCCUACAUGAGGACCCGAGGCAUCAAGCCCUCACCAGCACCCCCUCCGUACACACCUCCGGGACAGCCAUUGCAGACCCAAAUCUGAUGGAAGGACACACCCCACCCCAUCUGUGGUACGGGGAACUCCACCUCGCCCGUUGCGCUAUGGCAACAUAAUGGAUCAAGCCUCUCGUGGCAGGUGACAAAGGUUAUGUUUACUUCCAUUUUCCAACGUUCUACCGUCAGUAUUCUCACAGGGGGCCAAGGCCUUGAACGUGCAAAGAGUCUGGAGCAGCUGGGAACUUGACAGCAUUCAUGGGACUGGCUGUUUCUAGGCCAGUCCUUGAAGGACGUCCCAGUACCUGUGGAUCCAGAAUCCCUCGACUGUUGUAAAUAGAAGUCAGAAUGCAUUUUCUUGCUCUAUCUCUCUGUAUCUUUCUCCUCUCUGAUUUGCUCUCUCUCAAUGUUUACAUGUUACUUAAUGACAAUUUUUACCAUUGGGUACUUUUAUAAGCCUACUUUAAAUAUGAAUUUUACAAGUAUUUAUACUCCAGAUGUAUUAUUCUUACUACAGGCAUUGGGUGGCAGUGAUUCAGGCUGUAAUGAAGCAUGCAGCAUCAUGUGCUUGCAGGAAGAUGAGUGUACGACUACGGGGUGCUCUGUUUAACCACAUAAAUGCUUACUCUUGACUGUCACUGCUGUCUUGAACUGAAGGUGGCGUGUUUACACAAGAUUCCUUUCUGACUGAAAACAAGCAGCUCAGCUAGCCUUACAUUCUAUUAGAUCAGUUCCAAACUGAACUGGAAUCAUGGAGCCCAACUGUCAAAAACACCAGUAAUUUUUUUUGUGCCACCCAGCUGUGUGUGCUUAUGCUUAUUAAAGUAAUAAUAGGCACAUUGCAUUGCUUCUUAUUGAUCUGAAUUGCCAAUGUGCAGCUCAUGGUGUGAACUACUGAAAUUGCCAGGUUUGUUAUGUAAGCUGAAUUUGAGGUGUUUGGCUGCAAGGUUUUGUCAAACAGUUUUAGCUGCAGUGUGAUGGUCCUCGUCUAACUAUGCACAGCUUAAAUUCCUACCCCGAGGUCCUUCAGCCAGUGUGGUGAAACUGAAACCAAAAGAUCCGCUGUACAGACACCUUACUCAAAUUAAACAUGCUGUUGUAGUUGCUGUUUGCACACACAGCCUCAGAAACAAUGUAGCCAGGUUCCGGAUUAAUCGGACUCUGUUCCCUUCUUGGUUUUAAAAAAAAAAAAAAAUUGUAAAAAAUUGUAAUUGUAAACAAGGGAUGCUGAGAUGGAAAUGACCUGUCUGGAUUACAUGGAGCACUAUUGUUGUUGUUACUAGACUGUAAUACAGAGAAGAAGGAAGUGUCCAUUAAGCGUUUUAUUACUGAUAGUAAGCUGUUGUGCUACUUACAUGACGUCUACCAUUCCCCCAUUUUCAUUGUCUCAUCUUCCACAAACAUGGAAACAAAUAUAUAUUUUACUGUUAACAAUUUAAUUCAAACACAUACUGAGUCUUCCCAGUGCAGUGCAGACAGAAGCUUGCUUUUAUUCAGUGAAUGGCCCUUCAAGGUGACAGUUUACUUUGUUAGAUUUCAUUAGCAUGGUACUGCUUGCUUCUGUCUCAGAUGUUCAAUCAAAGCACACCCACAGGCUGCACUUGUGAUACGAUGCCAGUGUGUUGCGCAUUUUCUUUCCUUCUCUUUGCUCUCUUUGUACUGAUGCAGGCACCACACAUCAAGUCCUUGCAUUCUCAGAGCAUGUGCUAUCUAGUGAAUGCAUUUACUGCAUUCCAACAUGGAGCCUUGCACUCGCAAACUUUGUUUACUUAAAAUAUCCAAAUAAUAUAUUGUAUGCUUGUUAUAUCUUGCUCUAACGUGCACAAUGUUUGCAUGUUCAAUUUUAAAACAGGCAGUUUCAUUUCUAAAUAUUGUGUUUUGAAAAUACAAGGAGAAAACAGUAAAACAUGGCCUUAAUUUCUCACUGAUUUCUUGUUAGGACUUGUUCUAUGCCUUCAGAUGUUUUAUAUUUAUAUAUGAUAUAUAGUGUCAGUGCUCAGUUGCUUUGUAAUGUAUAAUUUCUCUGCACAACUUAAUAAAAGAUUAGUCAGUUGUGUUUUUUCCAAAAGUGGCCAAUCAGAGGUAGCAUGCUGUAAAAUAAAAUAACUGAUUGUCUGUAUUAAAC